CGGCGGGACAGGGCAAAGAGGCGCCUCCUUCCCGCAGCAGGAUUUGAAUAACCAGCCCGGCCCCGCUGCCACCAUGCCCGCCCGCUGCCUGCUGCUCCUGGGGCUGCUCCUGCAGCUGCCAGCCGCCUUCUGCCAGCAAGCCCGGGGCAGCCUCCAGCCGUGGUCACAGGGCGUCAUCGCAGUAGUUGUGUUCCUAGUCCUGGUGGCCAUCGCUUUCGUGGUCAACAGGUUCUGGUGUAAGGACAAAGUGGAAAGUGCUGAGAACGUGGUGAGUGUGGAGGACAAGCCAGAUGCUGUCACGUCCAACGGCCAUGAGGGGAGAUACGUAUCAGCUGCAGCUGACUUCAGGUCCAAAGAGAACCAGCAUGCCUACGAGAACACCGUGGAGCCUGAGGAGAGGGUGAUCACCACAGCCAUGUAGCAGCACCCACCCACCCACCACCCUCCUCUGCCCUCGAUCCGCUCCCGCUGCUGUGAUGGGCAUUUCCACAGAGACCCUCUGCCCUGGCACCCCGUGACUGAGGGGCCCUGGCCUCUCCACAGCACCACCACCUCCUGA